AUGGGUAAACCAUUUGCUAACCGUGGAAGAAGAGUUGAUUCGCGUAGGUUGAACUACUGCUUCCAUGGUGAAUGGACGCUACCGUACCACUUGAUCAACAUCGCUUUACAUGCCAUAGCCUCUUUACUGGUCUUCUUACCUGUACGAGAGUUACGGCAUGUUGCCGAGCAAUCGUUUAUAUGUGAUGAAGCUUUCGCGGCUUCGGCACUUUUCGCUGUCCAUCCUGUGCAUACCGAAGCGGUCGCUAACAUCUCUGGCAGGGCAGAACUUCUGAUGAGCGUUUUCGCGCUGUUUGCACUCAUUUGCUAUCAAAAACACAUUCGAGAGGACUUUGAAGGAAAAGCGAUCAUUUUGUUUCCUGUCACUGUGGUAUUGUCAGUAUUUAGCAAGGAACAAGGCAUCACUGUACUGCCAAUUUGCAUAUUUCUGGAAGCUUUACAUUGUUUCGACGCUAGGAAAAAAUACGGAGCUGCAGCUUUGCGAUGCUUCAUGCUUUUCAUCUUUACUUCAUUUUUGACAUUUCUGCGGAUUUACAUCAACAACUUUAUCGCACCAAAAUUCACGGAACUGGACAAUCCAGCAGCAUUUGUCAAAGAUCCGUUAAUUGAGGUGGCAUAUCUGCUAAUUGUUAUCCUCUACAUUCUCCACAAGCUUGACAAUAGGCUCUUGACGUUCGGUGCUGUUCUUGGAGAAAUUAGUUUCCUACCUGCCAGUAAUCUGCUAGUUACCGUUGGAUUCACCGUAGCCGAGCGUGUACUGUAUCUGCCGUCGGUUGGCUUUUGCAUCAUGGUAGGCGUACUGUACUCGCGGGCAUCACGCCACUACCGUAACACGGACAAGAUUGCCUUAGCAGUUCUUGUGAUUGCUAUGGCAAUAACAUGCCAGCGAUGUGAGGAAUGGCGUACUGAGGUGGAUCUCUACGCCAGCGGGCUAAGAGUCUGUCCAGAAAAUGCGAAGAUUCAUUAUAAUCUGGGAAAGGUGUUGGGCAAAACCGGGAAUGUUGAAGCGGCUGAGCAUGAUUAUUGGAAUGCCAUACGCUUGAAUCCAGAAUACGAACACGCUCUGAAUAACCUUGCGAAUAUUCUGGAAUCCAAAGGAAGAAACGUAGACGCAGAGCACCUACUGAGGCAAGCUCUUCGCAAAAGACCAACGUUAGUAGCUUGGAUGAAUCUUGGCAUAACCCUGAUGAACCAGGGGAAGCUUGAUAGCAGCCACGUGCAAGCAGUGACCAAUCUAUUGGUGCUACUGGAUGAGCUUGGCCGGUACGGUGAUGUGCUCGAAACUGCAAAGACUCUACCAGAAGCCACCUUAGGAGACGUGGCCACAAUAGCAUUUCAAGUGGGCACUUGCUUUGGGAAAAAUGGUAGCUUUUUGGAAGCAGAAUGGCAUCUCAGAGCUCUACAACUUAGCCCUUUGAAUGCUAUGUACCAUGCUAAUUUGGGAGUGUUGUACCAGCGCUGGGGUCGAUACGAGCUGGCAGAAUACUACUACCGCGAAUCAUUGUUACUCGAAAGAAGCGAGUUAGUGAAGAUCAAUUUGAAGGCGGUGCUGCAAAAGCUGAACAGGACCACCAACAAAGUCGAACGAAAGGAUUUUGUUAGACAACUUGGCUGCCUGGCAUUACCUUGA